AUGGCCAUCCGACCUUGCUUUUCUACGACGCUGCUCUUUAGGCCGUCGUCUGUCUGGUUGGCCAAGCCUAGACUCAACUUUGGCAGGAGUCCCAGGGGAUAUCUAAGCGUUCCAACAACAAAAAGCGGAAGAAGCUAUGGAUCCCUUCGAAGCAAACUCCCUCAUAAAUCCUGGGACAGUCACAUGCACGUCGUGGAGCCACGAUAUCCAGUCGUUGCAAAUGCAGCAUACGAACCUACACCUCACACUAUUCGCGACGCCAUAGAGUUCGAAUCAUCGCUUGGGAUUGAAAACCUUGUUCUCGUUCAGCCUUCUAUCUAUGGACACGAUAAUUCGUGUCUUCUCGACGCCCUACGGCACCUUGGUCCUUCUCGCGGGCGAGGGGUGGUGGUGAUAGAUCCGGCCAAUGCGAAUAUCAAGACAUUGAGGGAAUGGCAUGCCCUUGGAGUACGUGGUGUACGCGUCAACUUCAGAUCCUCAGGAAAAGUUCCCUCUCAUGAUGAGCUCAGACAAAUACUAGCUGAACAAGCUCGUGUCAUCCGUCCACUAGGAUGGAUGGUUCAAGUCCACACAUCCAUGAGCGUGAUUCCUCUACUAGAGGAACUAAUCCCGCAGCUCGGUGUCAAAGUCUGCAUCGAUCAUUUCGGAGGGCCAGAGUUGCGCAAUUUGAUGCGGGAGCAAGGAGAAGCUUUUGACCCGUAUUCCUUGAGAGAAUUCUCGUCCUUGAUUUCCUUACUCAAGGCUGGAAGGACAUACGUGAAGAUCUCCGCCCCGUACCGCCUUAGCAAGGACAAGGGAUAUCAAGAUCUCGAGAUGAUGAUUCGCGAGUUUUUCAAGCAAGCACCUAACCGGGUGCUGUAUGCUACAGACUGGCCGCAUACAAGGUUCUCUGAUAUCGACAUCAAACCCUUUACGGAGAUGUGUCUACGGGCAUGUGGCUCGCAGGCUGUAGCUGAGAGGGUAUUUCGACUAAACGCGGAGGAACUGAUGGACUGCAGCCUCAAAGGCUAG